UCUUCUACCCAUAAACGUUGUUUCCCAUAAAAUUAUUAUCUGAAUGCGGCUUCGCCUUCUACCAAAUCUAGGGGGCCACUAGACCGCUGAGCCACUAAAAAUGUCCAGACAUUACUUAGAGCUUUAUAUGGUCAUAUAUUCCUGUGACAGCUCCUUUUCCGCCGGAUCUCCGCCCCGAACUGCCCCGUGCAUCUCGAACACUUGUUCGACUCUGCUCGGCUGCUGAGCAGCACAACAAGACCAAACUGCUCUGCCAAGUUUUGUAUACCACGGAUCCCCUGCAAACGAUGAUUACUAACAUUUCCUUUGGAUACACCCGGGAAUCGAUUGGGAUCUCUCACGAUGGUCUAUGGACAAGGCGCAUGGCCCCCUCCAUUUCAUCAACCGUCUGGGGCACAAACGGUGCGAUCAUAGGGUUGGUGUACCUGAAAAAUCGCCGGUAAAUACAGAUUUUAACCAACAGCUCUCGCUAAAGUCCCCUUACCUGCGU